AAAUGGUACCCUUUACAGCAUUACACCACUAGAAAAUUAAAAGAGCAUCUAAAACUAACUUUUCUUUCCAAAAAAGCCUUCCACAUAUAUAUAAGCUUCACCUUGGUCCUGUCUAGUAGGCCACAAACAUCUCAAAGCUGCUGGUUCUUCCAAAGCUUAUGUAAGAAUGAGUUACGUCAAAGAUGUUGUAUCUCCAAGAACAACAUGGUGUGUGUUGCUAUGGAAGGUGGGAAUAAUGGGUAUGAUUCUGUUUGCUAGAGUAAAAUCUGAGGAGGACGACGAUCAAGCUGCAGCUGGUUUACUAUGCAUAAGCGAUUGUUCUACUUGUCCAGUUAUAUGUUCACCACCACCUCCUCCACAGCCACAUUAUGAAAAUCCACCUCCACCGUCUCAUCAUUCUUCACCUCCUCAAUCUUCCUAUCAUUCCCCACCACCGCCGGCUCCACGAUCAAGUUCCUCUUCGCAGCCUCCACAAUCAUCAUCACGGUAUCCUUCACGGGGUACUCCUCCACCACCUUCUUCUGGCUAUUAUCAUACACCUAAUGCCCCAGCGCAGUACCCUUACCCUUAUUACUACUUCUAUUCCUCAAAGGCCUCUUCACUUGAUUACCUUCCUCUUCAUGCUUCCAUUUCCUUUUCAUUUUUAUUGUUUCAUGUUGUGUUCUUUUUUUGUUGAUCAGAAGUCGUGCAGAUAAUGUGAGGUCAGUAUAGGUUGGUAGAAAUGACUAAUUUCAUAUGUAUUCAUGUUUUAUAUGUACAAGUCAAUGUUACUACAAUUAUCUCUUGACAAAUUUUUUAUCAAUUUUUUCUGAAUGUUAAAUAUUUUUUUUUAAUUAAUGAGAACAUAGUUACAAGUGGAAGAUCAUCCACAUGAAAGAUUAACCGAAGUGGGAGAGUCUAUGGUGACUUUGAGUGUAUAAAAUCAAUUAAGAUAAUUUAUUGUAAAAUGUAUAUCCAAUUAUUAUAUUUUCAAUAAAUAUCAUAUGUAAUAGCACAUUAGCG